GGAUGUCAGCUGAUUAGUCGGAAGUUUGAUUUUUUUGACAUUUUGGAUUUCUCCGCUCACGAUAAACAUUCUUUUAAUUAUUCGCUAAAUUUUUAUAAACAAAAACAUCAUCUGACGUUUGUAAUUGGAUUACAUGUGCACUGAGAAUUGAAACGUUUUUUAAUAAAGAAGAAAUUUUAUUUUUUUAAUAUUUAUAGUGUAAAAUGUCUGCAACGAUGAAAAUUGUCUAGUUUUUUUUUUUAUAACUGACAGAUAAACAAGAUGAAUAUUGUUCGGAUAAAUAGAAAAAAUGUUAUGAUUCUUAUCCUGUCUCUAAUAUUUAAUUCAGUUAAGCAAGUUGAUAUGGGAUAUGAGGGCAUGAUGAGCCAUGCUUUCACAAAUGUUACACCAGCUAAUAGUAAUAAAAAACAAGAUGAUUUAUAUGGUUCAUGUCCAAUUGGUAAGUUAUGUACAGAUCUAGGAGGUGAUUGUUUAAAGUGCGAUCUUGAUCCUCAUUGUGAUUAUGGAUCGAUGUAUACUAUCAACUGCACAGUUCCUGAUUCAGUUGAUUGUGUGGGUGAAAAAUCAUUUACUAAGCAAUAUAUGUGCAGAUAUUGCUAUCAAACACAUCAUUGGGAACACAAAUGUCAUUUAAAGAAUUCAUGUAAUUCUGUUGCUUCACCUCCGCAAUAUUAUAGGACUAAUUGUACAGUAAAUAGUGAUAUAAUAUGCUUGGGAAGACGUAAGUUUAUGAAAAAUCUGCGCUGUAAUUGGACCGGAGGAUAUAAAUGGUCAACAGCAUUAAUCUUGAGCAUAACACUAGGUGGUUUUGGAGCUGACAGAUUUUACCUAGGACACUGGCAGGAAGGUAUUGGAAAACUAUUCAGUUUUGGCGGGUUGGGUGUGUGGACACUAAUAGACGUGAUGUUAAUUUCUAUCCGAUAUUUAGGACCAGCAGAUGGUUCUUUAUACAUUUAAAUGUAUUUAUUCUCAGUGAUUCGUUGAUGUUAAAGAGAUCAAACCAAACAUUUAUUUAUUUAUCGUAGAUUUAAGUAGUUACUUUAUACGCUUGUUAAUUCAUACAAAAUAUUUUGUAUUCUUUAUAAAUAUUAAGAAUAAUUGUACAUUA